UCUCUCAAAUCCACUGCCAUCUCAGUGGUGGAAAUGUUGGAGUUGGGGAGGGUUGACUUUGAGGUGACAUUGGGGCUGUGUAGAUGAGAGUGUGGAGCCUGUGCUCCAUGAUACGUCCCUGCUCACUCUAAACCAGAAGGCAGCAGCUUCUUCUCCGGUCUCUGCUCCCCUCCUUUCUUUCAGCACCACUCCUUUAAGGACAGCACCGCGCUCUCAAAGACACAUUUGACCACCAUUCUCUCCUCCUCUGGACUUCACAACUGCUUAAGUGCCAUCGGAUGCAAAGUUUUUCUGAUUUCCUUUCUACUACGCAACUAAAAGGAAGUAAUUUUUUUCAAAUUGGAUGUUUAAAUCUGGGAAACAAUCUGUCCAAGACGCCAAAUUUUUUGCUUGCAUCGUCACUUUGGUGCCCCGACUGCAAUUCCUGCUUCAUUGCAUAAGUCUGCUCAUCCGUUUCCCCUCGACUAUUUUCUGAGGACCCUCGGCACAGGACGGAGAAACCACUGCACGUCAGGACCGGUGCUGAAGCUCUCAUCUCUCUGCUGGUCAGGACUAACCGAAAAACACCGUCAGCAUCAUGGCUACCAACGGGACCAAAGCCUCGGAUGGGCACGUCUUAACGGAGACAGUGACUGAUGCGCCCAGCACCACGCCAAAUGACAAACCCAAAACCUUGGUGGUGAAGGUGCAGAAGACGAAAAAGGAAAUACCUGAGAGAGAAACAUGGGGUGGAAAAUUUGACUUUCUACUCUCUUGUGUCGGAUACGCAAUCGGACUGGGAAAUGUCUGGAGAUUUCCUUACUUAUGUGGAAAAAACGGCGGAGGAGCCUUCUUGAUUCCAUACUUUUUGACGCUCAUAUUUGCUGGCAUGCCCCUGUUCUUUCUCGAGACGGCUCUUGGUCAGUACACCUCUAUUGGAGGUCUUGGAGUGUGGAAGUUGGCCCCGUUGUUCAAAGGUGUGGGUCUGGCUGCCGCUGUCUUGUCUUUUUGGCUAAAUAUCUAUUAUAUUGUGAUCAUUGCCUGGGCUAUUUACUAUCUGUACAACUCCUUCACUACUGAUCUGCCGUGGAAAACUUGUGGCAAUUCCUGGAACACAGAUCGCUGCUACACUAACUACAGCAUUGCAGACACCGGAAACCUCACCAGUGCUGUAGUGGAGUUCUGGGAACGUAACAUGCACCAGCUGACCGAUGGUCUGGAAAAGCCUGGGGCGGUUAGAGUCCCACUGGCUAUUACACUUGCUAUUGCAUGGGUGCUUGUCUAUUUCUGCAUCUGGAAGGGGGUCAGCUGGACUGGCAAAGUGGUGUAUUUCUCGGCUACAUACCCUUACUUUAUGCUGUUCAUACUGUUUUGCCGUGGCAUCUCCCUACCUGGUGCCAUUGAUGGAGUUCUUUUCUACAUCACUCCAGACUUUGAAAAACUGAAGGAGUCUGAGGUGUGGCUUGAUGCUGCCACGCAGAUUUUCUUUUCCUACGGGCUGGGAUUAGGUUCCCUGAUUGCUCUUGGCAGCUAUAAUCCCUUCCAUAAUAACGUAUACAGAGAUUCUAUCAUUGUCUGCUGCAUCAACUCUUUCACCAGUAUGUUUGCCGGCUUUGUCAUCUUCUCUAUUGUGGGAUUCAUGGCUAACGUAACAAAGAGACCCAUCGCCGAUGUGGCAGCCUCAGGGCCGGGCCUGGCAUUUUUGGCAUAUCCUGAGGCCGUCACCCAGCUGCCAGUCUCUCCUCUCUGGGCGAUACUUUUUUUCUCCAUGCUGCUGAUGCUGGGAAUCGACAGCCAGUUCUGCACUGUGGAAGGCUUCAUCACGGCUCUGGUUGAUGAAUUUCCCCAUGUCCUAAGAAAGCGAAGGGAGAUCUUCAUUGCAAUUGUCUGCGUCAUCUCUUAUGCCAUUGGCCUAUCGAACAUCACACAGGGCGGGCUGUACGUGUUUAAGUUGUUUGACUACUACUCAGCCAGUGGAAUGUCCCUGCUUUUCUUGGUCUUCUUUGAGUGCAUCUCAAUUUCAUGGUUUUAUGGUGUGAAUAAAUUCUAUGAAAACAUUGAGGAAAUGAUUGGAUACAAGCCAUGUCUGUGGUGGAAGGCCUGCUGGGUUGUUUUCACUCCUCUGAUUGUCGCUGGAGUUUUCCUGUUCAGUGCAGUGCAGAUGGUUCCUCUUACCAUGGGCGAUUAUGUGUUUCCUGGAUGGGGUCAGGGAGUCGGCUGGUUGAUGGCACUUUCUUCCAUGACUCUCAUCCCAGGCUACAUGGGAUACCUGUUCCUCACACUUAAAGGCACAUACAAGGAGCGUCUGCGAAUAAUGAUUAAGCCUUUGGGAAUCUUAAAAUCUCAGGAAAAUGGUCCGGACCCGCAGACAGAAAACCAGAGCCAGAACCCUGCCAAUGAGGAAGCCUACAUCUGAAAGGUCUUGCCUGCGUCUCCGCUCUAAUGGCCGGAUUGGCCCUCCACCGUAAUCAAGGUUGGAAACAACCACUAGACUUCUAUGUCUGCUUUUAUUCACCUACCUCCUGGGGACACGUGAAACCAACCUGAUUACACUGUUAUUUUCUGUUCCGUUUUUGGUUUUCUCAUUGUUUCUUUGUAUAAGACAGAGGUAAAGAAAAAAAAAAAAAGAAACCACCCUACAAAGUUGUUGUGAUAUUAUGAACUUCAUUAUGCAAAGAGGGAAAAAAAUAGACUUAUUUGAAAAUAAGUACUUGCGACUUAGAAUAUUAUUGUAUAUUGAAUAUGUGUAAAUCUGGAGGCCCACAUUAAUUCUGUAGAGUUAUGCUUUUAAGAUAAAAAAUACAUUGACUAAACUCAAAUUAUUGUACAAAAACAAUAUCCAUGAAUAUAUUUUAUUUUAUAUGAAUUAAAUAAUCUAAACUGUAUGAAAUUCAGUGAAUGAAGAGAAAGCAAUAUGUGAUUUUAUAGCUGAGGUUGAAACAUGAUCAACUUCAAGCAUUGACACUAUGAGCAUAUAGAAAACAAAAGGCUAAAUCUGCAUGUGUGAAUAAAGGAAUUCUUCACUAUUUCCCUACACUAUCACAUCCUGUCAGAAUCCUGCAACAUUCCUAAGGCUCUUAGGCAAUUUUAAAAAAAGCACAACUUUGAAUUUUGAAAGAUCCAACCUUUUUUAGGCAUGACUGAAACCUGUGAUGAGCAAAAACAUCUUAUAUAGGACACAUAGCAAGAGACUGUUAUAACUGUUCCUUUGUUUUCUAAAGAACAAUAACUUUGUAUGUUGUCUAACUCGUUUUUUUAGAAUCAUUUGUAGAUGUUUUUCUAUAUGUGAGAGUAAGAAGGACCAAAAUGACACUCUUCUUUCAACAGUUAGUGUAAUCGCCUGUUAACCACAUGUGAGUUUAUUAAGAAACAACAGAGCAAUAUCAUAGAAGAAGCAGCAUCUGUCUAUAAGCACAAGAUGGUUCUGAGGACAACCACUUUAACAACAAAGGUAAAGCCCACUUUUGCACAAUGUCCUCGACAAUUCUGUCUGAAAGCAGUUAUUUGGGAAAUCUUUAGUCUACUUUUGUAUGACUUCAGUGGAAGGAAAGUUUACCAAUUUAAUGUUUGGUUUUAAGGGAACAAUGUGCCACAGGUGCUGUAUAAUUUCAAAGAAAGAACAUUGGAUUUUUAUGAUAGCUUCCACUACUUUGACUAGUGAUGUUUACUUGUAUAUACAUAGCUAUACACAGUUAGAAACCCACUCCUCAGGAAAAAAAAAGUAGACAUUACCAAAUUGUCUGAGAUAUUACCCUAAUACACAGCGAGAACAUUUCUAGGGCUAGUUUAAAAAUUAGAAUUAAGAAAAAAAAGCAACUGUGAAUUUUUUUUUCUCUACAUAAGGACAGCAUGCUAUGUGAAGCAUAAGGACAACAUGAAAGCUUCCCAAUAUUAAGAAUCAUUUUUUUGCACUCGGGCAUUUUUAAAAGAUGAUCCAAAAUGUUGCCUGUUUGCACUCCUGACCAGUCAUCUGUUGUGGCCUUUUAUUAAUAUUAUUUUUGAUAAAGCCAUGGUGCAUCCCUUCGUCAUAGAAAGUGCAGCUUCAGAGAGAACCCCUUCAGAAAGAAUAAGUGAUAGCACAGUGUGACAUAGCCAAAUGGUACACAGGUCCACACUCUGUAGAGACACUAUUUUCAAAGAUACAUGAAAAUCUCUUCGUUUAGGUACACAAAGGUUUCUCAGUGACGCAUACACUAAUGUAAUAAUGCUAACCUUUGGCCAGACAGUAAAUAUCACCAUAAGGAAGGACCAUGAGAGUUGUGUUUUUGUGGCAGCUACAAGCAACAGGAAUCAGCUUGAAUCCGUUUUAUUUCCACUUUUCAAAUAUGUGCCAGUUAAAAUGUGCAAUGACAAAAUGGGUCCAAUCAUUUUGUAUAAAAUUACCAUUCAGCGAUUUCUCCUUUGAAUGAUGUUGUAAACUCAGACGUGUAAUACAUGUAUCUGUGAAUGUCCGUACAACCUGAGACUUUUUAUUUUUAUUUUGUUUAAAUGUUGAAUAAAAAAUAUAAAAUGUGCUGUUUUCUGCAAUAAUACUAUCCCAGAAACGAUGGCACAUAAAUCUCUAUAACAGAAUGGAGUAACAAUAAAGAUGCUAAUAAAUAUAAUGUAAUAGAAAAGUUUAGUCAGAGAAUAUUGUUUUGUAUAUUUUUAGCUGUUAUAUGGGCCUAAUGUAAAAAAAUAUAUUCUAUUUAAAAAUGUAUUAAAUGUGUAGAUGGUGUUAUAUGAAAAAGCAUGAUUGCUAUAUAUGGUAUCUGCAAAAUAAAUAAAGAUCUAUAGAUUAUAAA